GCUUAUGAGAGUGAGAUCCUAAUGACUUCUUAUAUACAGAUGUUGCGAGCACGAUAUAGAUAUACAUCGAUAAAGCACUUCUUAGAACAGUUCUUAGGAACAGCUCGAGCAUAACAAGAGCGUGGUGGUGGUGCAGUUCUCCGAUUCUGAUUGAUGGACCUUUUGACCUUGCAAGAGCUUUACAUAUAUAAUCACACAAUUAUGUGUAAUAAAGUUGUAUUCUCUGGGUUCAUCAUAGUCUACUAGGAAACAAGAAGUGAAUAACAUGCCACAUCAGAUAAGAACUGUCACAUCUAAAAUUAGUCUUCAGAAGGAACCAGAGUAUGAUAUGGGAAAGAGAUCUUGCAUUUUCUUCAGAGGGGGGGAACAGAGAGAGAGAGAGAGCACCUCUCAAUCCUGCUGAGGCCUUCGAAAUUGGAUGUCGCGGACUAAAAUUAAGGUUCAAAAGAAAAUUCUCAGUGAUUCAUUGCUAGUUUCUAUCUCCGACGUUAUGUCGUCGGUAGUUGAUGUGGAUACAGAACAAGAGACCUUCAUGGAAUUGGGAUCGUACCUUCACCGCACGUCUCCGGCCAUAAUGGAGCUGCGAAACUCCCCAGAAAACGCGACGGAGAUUCUAAAGUCCCUAAAUGCAAACGUCAGUCUGGCGAAGGAACUCGUUGCGAAGUGCAGCAGCGGAGCACAAUCAAUAGCGGAUGGCGAGCUCAAAGGCAUCAUUCAACAGCUGGAAGAAGUGAUCAGAAACAUCGGAGAAAGCCUCAGCAAAAUUCCAGCUUCGACAUUUCGCAACUGCGCAUACGCGGAAAUCGCAAUCAGGUCUCUCUCGAAAGAGAUGCGAGAGGCUAGAUUGCAAGCGAACGGAACUCGGCAGGAGAAUCGAUAUGCGGAGAUAAGAGAAUCGCAGGAAGACGGAACAGUUUCAGUUCAAAAUUCGAAUUUGGUGUCUCGCAAGCUCAGUUCGAAGAGCGGAGAGGAGCCGCGUCUGAUAGAUUUCCUUAAAGGGGUGUAUUACAGCGGCGAACAAGAAAGCGGAAGCGGACAGCUCGACACGCUCCCACAAUUAGCUCAAUUGGCGGAAUACGUCGAACCUUUGUAUGAAACAUUUUUUUGCCCGAUAACGAAGAAAAUCAUGGAUGAUCCAGUAACGAUAGAAAGCGGUGUGACGUACGAAAGAAAAGCUAUUGCUGAAUGGUUUGAGAAAACUAAAGACGAUUCCGAAGGCAUUACUUGUCCAGCCACAAAGACAAAGCUACAAAGUACAGCUCUAAACACUAACUUAGCAAUUAAAAGCACAAUACUGGAAUGGAUUGAGCGAAACGAAGCAACCAGAAUCAGAGUCGCCCGCACCGCUCUAUCGUUAGCGACAUCAGAGGCCAUGGUGCUUGACGCGAUUCGAGACCUCAAAUUCCUCAGUGAAAAGAAAAGAAGCAACAGGGAGAAAAUGCAUGGUAUCGGAAUUACAAAACUGCUCACCAGGUACCUGGAGAAUGACGACGCGGUACUACGGUUGGAAGCGCUGGAGCUUUUGUGCUUGUUGGUCGAGAACGAAGAAGGAAAGGUAAUAAUUGGGAAAACUAGAGCAAUAUCCAGGGCAAUCAAAAUGCUGUCAAGAAUCAAUACUUCAGAAAAGCACGCGGCUCUUUCGUUCCUGCUAGAGCUUUCCAAAUCUGACCUACUUCUGGAAAAGAUUGGAUCUGUCGUCGGAGGCAUACUGAUUCUCAUAACGAUGAAAUUCAACGAGUCUGCCGAUCCAUUUGCAUCAGAGAAAUCAGGAGAAAUUCUAAAGAAUCUGGAGAGAUGUCCGAUAAAUAUCAAGCGCAUGGCGGAAAAUGGCUUCUUAGAUCCCCUUUUGAACAAUCUUGUUGAAGGCACCGAAGACACCCAGAUGGAGAUGGUAAGCUACCUCGGUGAGCUUGCGCUAGAGCAGGACAUGAAGAUAAGCGUCGCAGAGAACGCCUCCGAAACCCUGAUCAAAAUGGUCCAAAGUGGAAACAGCAUGGUCCGAAAAGCAGCAUUCGGCGCCCUGGUCCAGAUCUCCUCCUACCACGCGAACAGCAAAGCUCUCGUGGAAGCUGGCGUGGUGCCGAUCAUGAUCGAGGAGAUGUUCACGCGAAAAAUCCACAACGAGCCGAUGGAGUCUAAAGACGAAGCCGCCGCGAUCCUAGCCAACAUACUCGAAUCCAACGUCGACCUCGAGAGCCUCCAAAUCAACAAGCAUGGCCACACCAUCACCUCCCAUUACUCCAUAUACAACAUCACCCACAUGCUGAAAUGUUCCGUGCCCGACGAACUCAACACGAACCUCGUCAAGAUGUUGCUCUCUCUAUCGAAACUCCCUAAAGCUUUAUCGACCAUCGUGUCGGUGACGAGAGAAACAGAAGUGAUCUGUACAGUCGUCGAGUUCUUAAACGCACCGUCGGAGGAGCUCACGGUCGUCGCAGCGAAGCUGCUGAUCACACUGUCGUCCCACAGCGGCCACACGAUCGCAGAUGGGCUAUGCAAGACCAGAGGGCAGCCAGAGAGCCUGAUCAAGAACUUCGACCACAAUUCGACAACCGAAAAACACGCAGUGUCAGCGAAUCUGUUAGCAAAGCUGCCCCACCGGAACGUAACACUCAAUCUAGCCCUUCUAGAGCAAGGCGCGGUACCGAUAAUACUCGACAGGAUACAAGUAAUACAGAGAGGCGAAACGAGAACAAGCAGAUACGCGAAGCUCUACGUCGAGGGCCUGGUUGGCAUCUUAGUGAGGUUCACCGCUACUCUCUACGACGCGGAUAUACUUCAAAUGGCUAUGGAGCAGAAUUUAACCUCGGUGUUCGUCGAACUGCUGGUGCGAACAUCAGGGAGCGACGAGGUGCAACGGCUCGCGGCAGUCGGGCUCGCGAACCUGUCGUCGGAGUCCAUCAGCCUCUCGAAACAACCAGACGCGACGCGGCAGAAGAAGAAGAGCUUCCUGCCAAAGUCCUUCAGCCUGCGCACGAAGAAGGAGGAUGCGAAGGGCCAAAGAAUCCAGCUCUGUCCGGUCCACAAAGGCGUUUGCUCCGCGUCUGCCACCUUCUGCUUAUUGGAUUCGAGAGCCGUGGAGAGGCUUCUCGGUUGCCUCGAACACGAAAAUCCUAAGGUGGUGGAGGCGGCGCUGUCGGCUCUUUCCACACUACUAGAUGAGAGGGUGGACGUGGAGAAGAGUGUGGGGAUACUAAGCGAGGUGGACGGAGUGCGGCACGUGCUGAGGAUACUAAGGGAGCACAAAGAACAGAGGGUGUGGCAGAAGUCAUUCUGGGUUAUUGAGAAGUUCCUGGCGAACGGCGACGACAGAUCGUUUAGAGACAUAUCGAGCGACAGAGUGCUGCCGUCUGCACUGCUGACAGCCUUCCAUAGAGGGGACGGAAGCACGAAGCAGGCGGCCGAGAACGUUCUGCGGCAUCUGAAGAAGAUGCCUGAGUUCUCAGGAAGUAUGAUCUUGUAACAUAUAUAUAUAUAUGUAUGCAUGUAUUCAGAAGAUUGUAUGAUGUUGUGUGUUUUAUUUAUGUAGUAUGUGCUAAACAAGCUGUGAGAUGUUUACUGCUGCUUCUUGUACAAAGAAUGUCAUGAUGUGUUUUUUUGGCACCUGCUCUGAUUCUCUACAGUGAAUUUGGAAUUUGAAUCAGAUUCAGAAGAGAGGGAAAGAUAGAUCCUCACUAUAA